GGGAGGGGCGAGACAUCCCUCUCGGCUUCGAGGGCGGAGCCUGGCCGGAGGUGGCGCCUGGGACUCGGCCCAAUUUUCCGGGUGAGGCUCGAGGGGCGGCCGCGGAGGCGGGGCCUAGAGCACGGAGUCUCGCUCUCCUCCCGAACCUGGCGAGAGACCCCGCCGCAGCCUGAGCCGCUGGGAACAGGAGCUGGCGCGGAGGCCCUGCCCGAGCCGAGCUGAGUCGAGCUCGCCGUCUGACACCGGCUGCAGCGCAGGCCGGCGCGUCAGCCCGCCGCAGGGUCUGGGCACUGUCCGAGGCAGCGAGCCCGACCACCGGGACCACCGGCACCACCGGGCGCGGGAGCCCGGAUCGCCCUUGCAGGCCUGGCCUGAGCACGCUGGAGGACCUGGGGUUUGGACUGAAGAGAAAAGGGAUGGAGGAUUCCAUGUAAGCAUAGCGUGGGCACUUGGAGGGGAGAAGAGUGGAGACUUCGCCUGGCACGGGGCAGAGGUGCCCGUCGCUUACUAGGCCAGGCUUGAGCACCAGGGAGCCUGGCAUCCCAGCAAAAGCGACCUAGGCUCUGCCCUGCCUGAGUCGGGGACACAGCAUAGCUCUUGGACCUCGGCUGCCGCAGGCCGGGCACAAGAAGCAGUGCCCUCACCUGAGACCGAGCGGGAUCCACAGUGAGGCUCUCUGGUGGCCCAGAACUGGUCGCUGGGGAGCCGGCCUCCUGCCCCGGCCCCACUGGUACGGAUGUGCCGCUGCCCGCGGGAGCGCCAUGACGGCAGGAUGACCUCAGCUGAGGCCGUGGCGGUGGCUGGCGGUGCUCGGUGGGCCGGGUCCCCCCAGUGGCCCCCUGACACCCCGCAGGCGCUACGGAGGCCUGGCCGGGCCUGGGUGACCGUGGCAGCGCUGGUGUGGCUGCUGGCGGGAGCCAGCAUGUCGAGCCUCAACAAGUGGAUUUUCACGGUGCAUGGCUUCGGGCGGCCCCUGCUGCUCUCGGCUCUGCACAUGCUGGCAGCUGCGCUGGCAUGCCACCCGGGGGCACGGCGCCCCAUGCCUGGUCGCACCCGCCGCCAAGUGCUGCUGCUCAGCCUCACCUUGGGCGCCUCGAUGGCCUGCGGCAACGUGGGCCUGAGCGCUGUGCCCCUGGACCUGGCGCAGCUGGCCACCACCACCACGCCACUGAUCACGCUGGCCCUGUCUGCGCUGCUGCUCGGCCGCCGCCACCACCCACUGCAGUUCGCUGCCAUGGGCCCGCUCUGCCUGGGGGCCGCCUGCAGCCUGGCCGGAGAGCUCCGGACACCCCCAGCUGGCUGUGGUUUCCUGCUGGCGGCCACCUGCCUCCGUGGGCUCAAGUCCGUUCAGCAGAGUGCCCUGCUGCAGGAGGAGAGGCUGGACGCGGUGACCCUGCUGUAUGCCACCUCGCUGCCCAGCUUCUGCCUGCUGGCAGGCGCGGCCCUGGUGCUGGAGGCUGGCGUGGCACCGCCGCCCGCCCCCACCGACUCCCGCCUCUGGGCCUGUAUCCUGCUCAGCUGCCUCCUGUCUGUCCUCUACAACCUGGCCAGCUUCUCCCUGCUGGCCCUCACCUCGGCCCUCACUGUCCACGUCCUGGGCAACCUCACUGUCGUGGGCAACCUCGUCCUUUCCCGGCUCCUGUUUGGCAGCCGCCUCAGCACCCUCAGCUAUGUGGGCAUUGCGCUCACCCUUUCAGGAAUGUUCCUUUACCACAACUGCGAGUUCGUGGCUUCUUGGGCUGCCCGCCGGGGCUUCUGGCGGAGGGACCAGCCUGGCAAGGGUCUCUGAGCCCUGAGGGAGCACAGGGACCACACAGGACUGCCUCAGCCUGAAUCCAGCCGUGGCCGUGGCCAUGGGAAAACGGGGAGAGUGGGCAGCCUCUGGGGCUGUCGGGGGAGAUGGGUCUUCCUGCAGGGCCACCUUGGAGGCUGGAAUGGGGACUCCCAGAGAGACCCACCUCUUGUCCCUGCCUGCCUCUCCUCAUCACAGACCCCACUCACCACUGGAUGGUGGGUCCAAGCCCGGCACAGUCACUGUGCUUGUCAGAGUAAUUAUUACGAUUAGUAUCAACUACUACGCCGAAAACUGCUGGCCAAACUUUGAAAACCUCACCGUGUUCUAAUGAUGAAGAUGAUGGUGAUGAUGAUGAUGAUGAUGAUUCUUGGGGGUCGCACAAUCCUUCCUCCAGGAAAUGGGGGAGGCAGCUAGGAGGCCCAAGGAAGGGCUUCUUUGCUGCUGGGCUUCCCUAGGGAGUUGGGGUCGUCUGUGCCAACUCCAGGCAGCUGCUGUGGCCUCAGCCCUGGGCCCCCCAAUUUUGGGUCUUCCGUCCUCAAAUAAACUAUUUUUGCUUGUACACCUGUGUCAUUCCUCGGGGUGGCAGCCAAGGGCUGAUAGCUGCCAGCUGCCCACAAGGAAACGAGGACCCCCUCCCUUACCAGCCAGGGCCUGGCCAGGCCCCCACCUCAGCCCUCUGCUCCGGCCCCUGCAUGCCAUCUUCCCGCAGCCACGGGGGCAUCUCCUAAAACACACGCUUUCUGUGGCUCCACACUGCUCUUGGGACAAAGUCAGAGCUUCCUGCCCAGACCAAAGGGCCCUCGGGGCCUGGCCCCACAGCUUCACCAGGCUCCUCUCCCCUCUCCCCUCUCCCCUCCUUGGGCUCCACCUUCCAUCUGCACCCGCUUCCUUCAGGUCCCCCCCACCCCCGACA